AUGCCUCCCAAAGCCGCUGAGAAGAAGCCCAGCACCGGUGGCAAGGCCCCGGCUGGCGGCAAGGCUCCCGCUGAGAAGAAGGAAGCCGGCAAGAAGACUGCUGCCGCUGCCUCUGGCGACAAGAAGAAGCGUGGAAAGACCAGGAAGGAGACUUACUCGUCUUACAUCUACAAGGUCUUGAAGCAGGUCCACCCUGAUACCGGUAUCUCGACUCGCGCUAUGUCCAUCCUAAACUCUUUUGUCAACGAUAUCUUUGAGCGUGUCGCGACCGAAGCCUCGAAACUUGCUGCUUACAACAAGAAGUCCACCAUCUCUUCACGGGAGAUCCAGACCUCUGUGAGGCUCAUCCUUCCCGGUGAAUUGGCGAAGCACGCGGUGUCCGAAGGCACCAAGGCUGUCACGAAGUACUCGUCGUCUGCCAAAUAA